UGUGCGCCUCAUUUGAUGAGAAGGAGACCUGAAGACUUGACUUCUUAUUCUCGCUUAAAAACAACCUCCCCCCUCGAUUUCUCUCCUUCUCACUUUUCUGCAUUUCCCUUGGAAAUUUUCACCCGCAAGUGCGAGAUUUGAGGAAAUAAGCACACAUUGGAAGUCCGGUUUCCCGUAGCCGCCGUCCCCUUACAAAACGGUCUAACAUAAUAACCUCAUCUAAAAUGAUCUCCGAGUAAUGCUGAAAAUGGAUAUCUCGACUCAGAACAGGCUUACAAUCCCUGGUUAUACAGCAGGCUAGAAGGGGGGCAAAAAAAAAAUCUCACUCUGCUACGGUGAAAAUUUUCCUGAAGAUUUUUCGUAGAGUCUGAUAGGAGUUUACCUUUUACUUCAGACACCAUCAGUUAUUAUUGGCUUCUGACUUCGUUUACUCAGCAUGGAAUAAAAAAUUAGCCAAGGUUCUUGGUUGGUUUCAUGCUAGUCCUGUGUCCUGUUCAAGUGCCAAAUUGAGGUUCAGGGAUAUUGAUUUGCUCAUUUGAUGUUCAAAAUGAAGAAAUGGUAUGGUGGAGUUCUCAUUGCCUCUUUUUUCACGUUGUUCAUGCUACUGGUCCUUAGGUAUGGAUUUAUGAAAAACCCUAUUGGGGAAAGUUAUCAGAAUAUAACUGUCCCUGUUAAUGGUUCUAAUCCUCUUGAAUGGAUAAAUUCAGCAUUUUCUCCAGUCAUUCAAAAUCCAGAGAGUGCUACUCAAGUGAUUUCUGCUGAUAAUUUAGUAUCUAGCCUCUUUUCUAACAGCAACUUCACCAGCGAAGAGCUACGAGCUCUCCAGACGUGGAACCAAUUAAAUCAUUUGCUUGAUUAUACUAAGGGUUUACCUAAUGCAGCAGAAGCUAUCAAGGAAGCUGUGAGUGUAUGGAAUGGUCUUGUAUCCUCCAUUGAAAAAAAGAGAAAACGUGAAGCAAAUGAUGGUCUAAAUGAGAUAAGGAAAGAGAAACAAUGUCCCCACUUUCUAAAUAACAUGAAUUCCGUGGAACUCAAUAAUACUAGUUACAAAUUGCGAGUUCCUUGUGGCCUGACACAGGGUUCUUCGGUCACUGUCAUUGGCAUUCCUAAUGGUCUUCUUGGAAAUUUCCGAAUUGACUUUACUGGAGAAUCACUUCCCGGGGAGCCUGAUCCCCCUGUUAUAUUGCACUAUAACGUCAGGCUUCACGGUGAUAAAGUUACUGAAGAUCCUGUUAUCGUCCAAAACACCUGGACAGUAGCUCAUGACUGGGGAGAAGAGGAGCGUUGUCCAUCCCCUACUCCAGAGAAGAUCACAAAAGUUGAUGAGUUGGAGCAGUGCAAUAGGAUUGUAGGGAAGAACUUAAACCAAUUCUCCAUCCCUAAGGCUUCUAAGAGAUUUUCAGCAACUGAUGAACAAUCAAAAAAUAGAACAUACUUUCCGUUUAAGCAGGGUUAUCCAUUUGUUGCAACUCUUAGAGUGGGCUCAGAGGGAGUCCAGAUGACAGUUGAUGGAAAGCACAUAACAUCAUUCGCAUUCCGUGAAACUUUGGAGCCAUGGCUUGUCAGUGAGAUGAGAAUUUCUGGAGACCUCAAGCUUGUUUCUGUUCUUGCCAGUGGUUUGCCCACAUCGGAGGAUUCAGAGCAUAUCAUUGAUCUAGAAUCAUUGAAGUCAAGACCUUUACCUGUGCAAAGCCCAUUGGAUCUCCUGAUAGGUGUUUUCUCUACAGCUAAUAAUUUCAAGCGCAGGAUGGCUGUUAGGAGAACCUGGAUGCAAUAUGAAGCAGUGCGAUCAACCAAAACUGCUGUACGCUUCUUUGUUGGUUUGCAUAAAAACCAAAUAGUUAAUGAAGAACUUUGGAAAGAAGCAGAGACCUACGGUGACAUACAACUAAUGCCGUUUGUUGACUACUACAGCCUUAUCACGUGGAAAACAUUAGCAAUUUGCAUAUAUGGGACAGAGGUUGUUUCAGCGAAGUUUGUCAUGAAGACUGAUGAUGAUGCAUUUGUUCGUGUGGAUGAAGUGCUAGCUUCAUUAAACAGAAUCAAUGUGACUACUGGGUUGCUCUAUGGACUCAUCAAUUCAGAUUCUCAUCCUCACCGUGAUACAAAUAGCAAAUGGUACAUCAGUUCCGAGGAAUGGCCUGAAGCAUCUUAUCCUCCAUGGGCGCAUGGUCCAGGCUAUGUCGUCUCUCAUGAUAUAGCGAGGACGGUGUACCCGAAGUACCGGGAGGGCCAUUUGAAGAUGUUCAAGCUAGAAGACGUGACGAUGGGUAUCUGGAUAUCACAGAUGAAGAAGGAAGGUGCAGCGAUCCGGUAUGAGAAUGAAGACAGGGUUAAUAACGUGGGUUGCAAGGAUGGUUAUGUGGUUGCACAUUAUCAAGGUCCGAGGGAGAUGCUGUGUCUGUGGCAGAAGCUUCAACAAGGAAAAGGUGCACAGUGUUGCGGUGAUAGAAGAAGAUGAUUCCAACUUGACUUGAUCAGACUACAACGGCGUUCAACAUAAAUAACCCACACUGAAGAACACUGAAAUAGUUAGCCUGUUAAGCUGUCAUUAGAAUUCAGAAAUAGUAUUAGGGCAUAUUUCUAGUCAGAAAUUCUUUGAAGAUUCUAGUGUAAGAUUAGAUUCAUUUGUCCCAUGUAGAUAUAGAGUGAGAGAGAUUCUUGUAUAGAGCCUCACCUGGAAGGAGAUAGGUUUUGUAAGAUGAGUAAAACUACCACAAUUUUCCGGUUAGAUUCUCGACAUUUGGAGUGAUAAGCUUCAAGAUUUUAGUACUUCCUUUCCCGACGUGAAUCACAAGUAUUCUUUUCUACUAUAAA